AUGACGCUGAAACAAGCCACCCGUACGAUCCUCGAAAGUUGGAACCGGAGAAGUACCAUCACCACAGACACCCUGGUAAAUUCAGCGAAGAGUCUGCUGACCGUCUGCAUUCGUGUCACGACGAACCCUUGGCACUGCCUCGAGCUCGGACUGACAAGCAUCCUGGAGACCGAUGACGUAGAUACAAGGCAGACACGGUUGGCAUCAUGGAUGGAAGCAAAAAGGCUGGAGUUCGGCUCCACCUGCCUUGCGGGGACAGUGGUGGCAUCAACCGUGACAGCCUCGAUCCAGUGGGAUCAGGCUGCGCGCUACCACUGGGUCAUUCAUGGCUUCUGGUACGGAAGCCUUGUCCUGAGUCUGUUCUCGGUUAUCGUCGCUUUCCAUCUUACAAUCCUGCUGGGGACGUAUGAGCUUGGGAGGGGGCAUCAGCUCAUUGAUGCACUGAAGCAAACUGUGUCGGAUAAACCCAAGUUCUCGGCCAUGUUUAUCUUCCAGGCUCCAGUCAUGCUCCUUAGUUACGCCAUCAUAUCUUACGUCGUCGGCCUCUCUGUGGCUGUUCUACGACCGCUUUGGACAGUCCCGUGGAACGAUGAACACAAGCCCGAUACCUCCGCCAUGCCCGACAACAAUACUCUGGACAAGCCAGCGCCUGAGCUGGAUGAGGAGGAUCACAUUGCUCGGGAGAUUGGGGCUACCUACCCUGCGGAGUCGAACGAGCCUGAGAUCGAACAACAAGGGCCAGUUCCCGAAUACAGCGAGGAGCAAACGAGCCCAGUGUAUGAUGAGCAUCAAGAGAACAAUGGGGCGGAUCCCCCAGAGUAUGAUGAGAUGGAAGAAUGGAUGAGGAGUGACGAUUCUGAAAACCCUCUGGGGUAG